AUUUAUUAAUUUCUGUGUUGUGGCGAUUGCUCCAAUUUUUAUUAAUUCAAAACAAAAACCCCUAAGCAAGCAAUCUCUCUAGAAACCCACUCUCCAGUCAUUCUACACCAUGGAUGCGGCGAAACUGAACGAGUUGAAGAAGUUCAUCCAACUCUGCAAAUCUAGUCCUUCCAUUCUUGAUGAUCCUUCCCUCUCCUUCUUCCGCGACUAUCUCCAAAGUCUCGGAGCUAAGAUCCCAUCCUCGGCUGACACCGCCGCCGACUCCAAAUCGAAGAGUUAUGUGGUGGAGGAAAGCGACGAGGAGCUUGCGGAUGCAGGAGUGAAAAUUAAUAUAGAAGAAGAGGAAGAGGAAGAUGAGAUUAUCGAAUCGGAUAUCGAGCUCGAAGGUGACACGGUUGAGCCUGAUAAUGAGCCUCCACAGAAGAUGGGAGACCCUUCUGUGGAGGUUACCGAUGAUAACCUUGAUGCUUCCCAUUCAGCUAAGGCCAAAGCCAUGGAUGCCAUUUCUGAAGGGAAGUUUGAGGAAGCUAUUGAGAACCUGACACAGGCGAUUUUGCUGAAUCCGACUUCGGCAAUCAUGUAUGGCACACGAGCCAGUGUUUACAUUAAGAUGAAAAAGCCCAAUGCUGCUAUUCGAGAUGCCAAUGCUGCUUUGGAGAUAAACCCAGAUUCUGCUAAGGGCUACAAGUCUCGUGGCAUUGCACGUGCAAUGCUCGGUCAAUGGGAAGAUGCUGCCAAGGACCUACACAUGGCAUCAAAGCUGGAUUAUGAUGAGGAAAUAAAAAAUUGGCUUAAGAAGGUUGAACCCAACGCACACCGUAUUGAGGAACACCGUAGGAAAUAUGAUAGAUUGCACAAAGAGAGAGAAGAUAGAAAGAUUGAGCGUGAGAGACGUCGUCGUCGUGCUCAAGCUCAGGCUGAAUAUGAGAAGGCGAAGAAGCAGGAGCAAUCAUCCUCCAGUCGAAAACCUGGAGGCAUGCCUGGUGGGUUUCCAGGUGGAAUGCCUGGGGGUUUUCCCGGAGGUAUGCCUGGAGGUAUGCCUGGAGGUAUGCCUGGAGGCAUGCCGGGUGGCAUGCCUGGAAAUGUUGAUUUUAGCAAGAUAUUGAGUGAUCCCGAAUUGAUGGCAGCAUUUAGUGAUCCAGAAGUCAUGGCUGCUCUUCAAGAUGUAAUGAAGAAUCCUGCUAAUCUUGCAAAGCAUCAAGCAAAUCCCAAGGUGGCUCCUGUAAUUGCAAAGAUGAUGAGCAAAUUUGCAGGUCCCAAGUAAAAAGUAGCAUGCCAGAUUGGUGUCAUUUGUUUUGGGGGGGGGGGGGGUUGUGUUCAUCUGAAAGAAACAAUAUUUCGUAAAAAUUGUUAGUGAAUCUAUGCGCAUUAUGGCUAUGUUGGUAAUUUGCUUCAUAGGUUGUAGGAUUUUGUACUCUUUCGGUUUGUUUAAAUAAGUAAAAGAAAAAGAAAAGAAAAAUCUCCACCAUUUUAUAAAAA